UUGUUUCUGUUUCUGUUUGAAAGAGUUAAGGGAGAGGGCUAACAUUCCCUGUGAAGUAUUAAUAAUAAGGACCGUCUAUCGAUACAUUGCUACACAAAAGACUCAACUGACGGCGUAACGUGACUGUACGGCUGGAGGUCCUUCGGAGGUCGGUUCGUAUUUGAUCUCACAGUUCACGUCGCGAGACGUUAAAGACUCUUGCUAAGUUAGCUAACGUUGCUUUAGCUAAACGGUCUGCUGACGUCAGCCACCAGCAGGACUCAGAUACGUGUCUCGAGUAUAUCAAAACAUUUUCCUAAAAGUUGUCAUGGCACCGCCAAAAAAGAGGGCGUUACCCAAAGCGCUACCAGAGGGGUUCAUACUGACGGACAGUGAGAAGAAGAAGUGGAGGCUGGGCAGGAUGAUUGGUCACGGUGGCUGUGGGCUGAUCUAUCUGGCCUCCCGUGACGUGGACCGACCUGUUGCUGCAGACACUGACUUUGUCAUAAAAGUGGAGUCCCAGGAGAACGGCCCCCUGUUCUCGGAGCUCAAGUUCUACCAGAGGGCAGCCAAACCAGAGAACAUGCAAAAAUGGAAGCGAAGCAGGAAACUGGACUUCCUGGGAAUCCCAACGUACUGGGGUUCAGGACUCGCUGAAGAUAAUGAAGUCAGGUAUCGCUUCAUGACCAUGGACCGACUGGGCAGUGACCUUCAGAAAAUCUGUGAGCGCAGCAGCGGUCAACUGAAGAAGGCCACCGUUCUCCAACUCGGUCGAAGACUGGUGGAUGUACUGGAGUACAUUCAUGAGAAUGAGUAUGUCCAUGCUGACAUUAAAGCUGCCAACCUCAUGCUUGGUUGCAGAGACCCUGAACAGGUCUAUCUAGCAGACUAUGGGCUGUCCUACAGAUACUGUCCUGAUGGAGUCCACAAAGAAUACAAGGAGAACCCCAAGAAGGGUCACAAUGGAACCAUCGAAUACACCAGCCUCGAUGCCCACAGAGGAGUUGCUCCAUCUAGACGUGGCGACCUCCAGAUUUUGGGUUUUUGUCUUCUUCACUGGUUAUGUGGGUCUCUGCCUUGGGAUCAAAUUCUGAAGAACCCAACUCAGGUCCAGGAGGCCAAGGACAGGCUGAUGGAUAAUCUGCCAGACUCAGUCCAGCAUCUGUCAGUGAGAGGAGCCAGCACAGACGAGGUGGCUGCAUUCCUCAGUUAUGUGAAAACUCUGGACUACAAAGAUCCGCCAAACUAUCAGCACCUCAAACAGCUGUUGGCGAGUGAUGUCACAGGAAGCCUUGACUUCUUCAAUCCACGCAAGCCGGCAGGGGACCCCCCCACCAGGGAGAAGACAGCAGGACGAGCCAGAGCAUCCUCCAGAGCCAAGGCUGUGGCCACAAAGCUGGAUGAUGAAGAGAAGGUGAAGUCUAGACCUGUGCACGCUCGCUACGUAAGAGGACCGCCCCUCACCAGAGCUCAGUCACAACAGGACGGUGGAGUGUCGCCUGCUGUCAGCAGAUCAUUGCGACCCAGACCUGAGGUGGCUUAUGGAGAAGAUGACAGUGAAGAAGAGGAUGAAGAGGAGGCCAGACCCAAACCCAUUGCUGAAUGCUAUCUGAGAGGCCCCCCGGUGGGCCCCAGAGCUCAGCCCAAACAGGUGUGAGGCUGCUGGUCUGACUGCUUUUAUUUGAUGUGUAACACUGAAUGAAUAACGCUGCUUUAGAGCACAAGAACAGCUCCAAACCAUAGACGGGUUCUUUAUUCUGUUGUUCAUAAGCUUUCUAAAGAGCAUUUAAAACCUUCAGACAGACGGUCCAAAGGAUUACACAGUGUAUGUAUGUAUGUAC